AUGACUACCAGGGCCAACACCACCAUUCAUAACACAAACGACCCUCAUAGCACAUUGAUUAGCAUCAAUGUUGCAGCUCAAACUCCAUUAAAGCUUACCUCCACCAACUAUGUAUCUUGGAAACUACAAUUUCAGACUCUCUUUAUUGGGUAUGAUUUUCUAGGAUUCAUCGACGGAUCAUAUCCUUGUCCAACAACAAUUCUUCCAGGAACCACUACACCAAAUCCAGCACAUACACUUUGGAUUAGGCAGGACCAACUCCUUCUCAAUGCCAUUCUUGGUUCUCUAUCCCCCACCAUAAUUCCAUUUAUUGCUCGAGCAAAAACAACAAGGGAAGCCUGGACAAUAUUGGCCAAUACAUAUGCCAAACCAUCUCGUGGAAGAAUCAAGCAGGUGAAAAAUCAAUUAAAACAAAUCACGAAGGGAUCCAUGGGUGUCUUUGAAUUCCUUCGGACCAUCAAGGCUUGGGUUGAUGAACUUGCCAUUCUAGGCGCAGUUGUUGAUGAUGAAGAUCUCUUAGAAAAGAUUCUUGAGGGACUUGGUGAAGACUACAAAGAAUUGGUGCGGGCAGUUCAAGCUAGAGAUACUCCAAUCUCCUUUGAUGAACUCCAUGAAAAGCUUCUCAACUUUGAAGCUUCUCUUUAA